AUGGAUUUAAUAAACUCAACUGAACAAAACAGUACAUCAGAAGAACCUUUCAAAUGGGCAACAUCCAAGAUUCUCAUUUCCAUUACCCUGUCUGUGCUUGCUCUAAUGACAACGGCCAUCAAUUCUCUUGUGAUGACUGCAAUAAUUGUGACAAGAAAGCUCCACCACCCCGCCAACUAUCUAAUCUGCUCUCUUGCAGUGACUGACUUCCUUGUGGCAGUCCUGGUGAUGCCCUUCAGCAUUGUCUACAUCGUAAAGGAGACCUGGAUCAUGGGGCAGGUGGUGUGUGACAUUUGGCUGAGCGUGGACAUCACGUGCUGCACUUGUUCCAUCUUGCACCUCUCUGCCAUUGCCUUGGACCGGUACAGAGCAAUCACGGAUGCUGUGGAAUAUGCCCGGAAAAGGACACCUAAGCAUGCUGGCAUCAUGAUAGCAGUUGUAUGGAUCAUAUCCAUUUUUAUCUCCAUGCCGCCUUUGUUUUGGAGGCACCAGACAACCAGUAGGGAGGACGAAUGCAUCAUCAAACACGACCACAUCGUUUUCACCAUUUACUCCACAUUUGGCGCCUUCUACAUCCCACUGGCCUUGAUCCUGAUCCUUUACUACAAGAUCUACAAAGCAGCAAAGACAUUUCACAGGAGAAGCGUCAGCCGGAUCGUGAGGGAGGAGGGGGUGAAUGGACAAGUCCUUUUGGAUGCAGGUGAAAGAAGCACCAAAUCAGCUUCAAUGCCCAGCACAACAGAGAAGACCUCAGAUCCCCUGGUGAGCUCUGAUAAAAUCAACAUCACCCUACGAAGUCCCAGGUCUGAAUCCAAGCACGAGAAGUCCUGGAAAAAACAGAGAAUCUCCAGCACGAGAGAGAGAAAGGCAGCAACAACGCUCGGUUUGAUCUUGGGGGCAUUUGUGAUCUGCUGGCUCCCGUUUUUUGUAAAAGAAGUAGUUGUUAACACCUGUGAAACAUGUCACAUCUCAGAAGACAUGUCUAAUUUCCUAGCAUGGCUGGGAUAUAUAAAUUCCCUUAUUAACCCUUUAAUCUACACAAUCUUUAAUGAAGAUUUCAAGAAAGCCUUCCAGAAGCUUGUACGGUGUGGGCAAUAUCUUUAAGAGCUUUUGUUCAUAUAAGGAGAACACAGUCAUUAUUUUUUAACCUGUAUAAAUUUAUAUAACUGAGAUGGCAUUUGUUGUAUUUAAGGCAAAGCACCAGGACUCUGCAUUUACAUUAUAAUGACUUUUUUUUGUAUAGGUAAUAUUGGGAGCAUUAAUUGCCCAAGUUUUAAAGAGAUGGAUCAUCUGGGAUUGGUUUUGCUCUAGAAAAAGGGGUAGCUCUGAUGCAGCUGGGAUUUGCACAGCUGCCUAGCUUGAAGCAUAACGUAUUACCUUAAAUAUGAAGGAAAUAUGCACUUGAAAUAGAGGAGGAAACAAAACUUUUUUAAAAGUAACCCUCGGUCAUCAAUGAAAUGUUAAGUAAAACAACACACACGUUUUAAACCCUACUGAUAUAAGAUAUAAAAUAUAUCAUAGAAUGACAACAUGAUUUUAACAGUCUGGCACAGGCCUGCAGCAUAGAGCCAAGCCAUUCACAGCCAAGGGUAGUUGCUUUAAAUAUAUCUACCAUCAUCCUAAGCCAGUGAGCUGCAGAGUGAGCUGCAGCCCUGCCUUGUCCCAUAGGUGGACUUCCCUGUGUUACACAGCACCCCAGCAGCAGGCAUGGGGCUCUCAUGGGUUACCAGUUUCAUAGCAAGCCAGUGUUGGGAGCCCUCUGCCACUGCACACCCGCAGCAGUGAACAUAAGCCCAAGGGAAACAGCCAAACAUCUGGGGCACCUCCAGUAAGCUGGGUACACAGAGUGCCUGGUGCUCUGAGACACCGCUUCCAUGGGAAAGGGAAGGCUCAUAAAGAACAGCUGGCUCUCCCUGUGGAGAUAUUAGAAGGCAGAGAAGCAG